CAGCUCCUGCUCUUCUGCCUCUUCCUGGCCAUCUACCUGGCUGCCCUCCUGGGCAACGGCCUCAUCAGCACAGCCAUAGCCUGCAACCACUGCCUGCACACCCCCAUGGACUUCUUCCUCCUCAACCUCGCCCUCCUGGUCCUGGGCUGCAUUUCCACCACUCUCCCCAAAGCCAUGGGCAAUGCCCUCUGCGACACCACCACCAUCUCCUACACAGGAUGUGCUGCACAGGUCUUUUUCUUUUUGCUUUUGUUUUCAACAGAGUAUGGCAUUCUCACCAUCAUGUCCUAUGACUGCUACAUUGCCAUCUGCAAGCCCCUGCACUACAGGACCCUGGUGGACAGCAGAGCUUGUGUCACCAUGGCAGCAGCUGCCUGGGGCACUGGGGUUCUCCAUGCUGUGCUGCACACUGCCAGUAUAUUUUCACUGCCACUCUGCCACGGCAAUGCUGUGGAGCAGUUCUUCUGUGAAAUUGCCCAGAUCCUCAAGCUCUCUUGCUCUGGUUCUUACCUCAGGGAAGUUGGACUUGUCAUAUUUGUUGCAUUAAUCUUUUUUGCUUGUUUUGUUUUCAUGGUGCUGUCCUAUGUGCAGAUCUUCAGGGCCGUGCUGAGGAUGCCCUCUGAGCAAGGACGGCACAAAGCCUUCUCCACAUGCCUCCCUCACCUGGCUGUGGUCUCCCUCUUUGUCAGCACUGCCAUGUUCUCCUACCUGAAGCCGCCUUCCAUCUCCUCCCCAUCCCUGGAUCUGGUGGUGGCACUGUUAUACACAGUGGUGCCUCCUCCAGUAAUCAACCCCCUCAUCUACAGCAUGAGGAACCAGCAGCUCAGAACCCCAAAGAACCUUUGGGGUUCUUUUUUGAGACUUUUGAAACCUCGGGACAAGGAUGCUCGCAAGCCAAGAGCCCCACACCUCUCUUGGCUGGACCAAAGCUGGAACCUGGACCAGUGA